UUGGUGGGAUCCCCUGUUUUUUCUCCCUGGAAAAUUUAAUUCUUGCAAAAGAAAGAAGAAAUCCAUUAUUAAAAGAUUUCAAUUUUCAGCAAAGACGUUUCUAUUUGUCAAAAAUAGAAUAUCAACAGAAAUGGUCCGUAGAUCUUUCCCUUUUUUUUCCUUGGCCUUUGGGAAGCUUACGUUUGCAUUGCCAAACCCCAUUUCCAUCCUUGUAAACUUGCGAAUAACACCAAGAUAUUUAAGGCAUGAUAAUUGCCGAUGCAUUAAUCGACAUCCCAGCUAUCCGAAGGAUAGAUAAGCUCAGAAAUGUACCUCCAAGGAGGAAAUCUACUGGGAAGGUGAUCAUGCCAGGUGGUGGAUUAACGGUUCUUUCGCGGUAUCUCCAUGCUUCACUGGGUUCUUGUCAUGAUUUUUGUAAAUAUGGAACAGGUUUGUCUCCUGGACCUGAGUCAAAGAUCCCUAGGAGUCCUCUGCGUAAAGUGAUUGCGCAAGAACGAGCUGCAAUCAGAAAUCUGGAAAGGGUCUCCGAAAGCAAUGCCGGGGAGAGGAGGAAGAAAUCAGCAAUUAGUGUUAAGGUUUCUCUGGAUUCGAAAAUUGAGGAAGCUGAUGAUCCUCUUGUUGUCAAGACUGCACAAACACAAGGAGGACACGAUUUGGAAAACGAUGAAGAAGAUUUAACUGAUACAAAGAACUCCAAAGUUAGUGUCAAGUUUUCCUAUGAUGCCGAGCUUCAGAAACCCAAGUAUCCUUCUCACGAAGAUUCGGUUAACAUUGAAGCUGUGGCAGCAGAAGGUGAAGCAAAAGAGGAAGAAGAAAAUGCUGAAACUAAAUCACCGAGAGGAGAGAAGAAUCGACAAGUUUGUGUGAAGCCUUCUACUGAUUCCGAGAGCCAGAAACCCAAUUGCGUUGAAAGUGAAGUAUCAUCUUGGACCGAAAAAGAAUCCGUCUUACAGGAACAAGAGUUAUUAUCUCUCAAUAAAACUGACUAUGUAGUUGCACAUGUAAAAGAUUCAAAGCUGAAGCCUGAAUCAAAGCCAUCCUCUCUUGUAAAGCAGGCAUGUCUGAGUGGCAAACAGAAUUCUGAUGGCCUGGAAAGGAAGGAAGGGAACAUUUUGUCGAUGACUUCGUUAGGUGUUUCCAGCGGAAGAAAUAAAGGUGACACGACAAUAAGAAAAGGAAUAAGGACCUCUGUUAUUGCUGAUAAGAAAAAUGUAGUGCUACCAUCUGUUUCUUUGUCUCCUAAAGAAUCUGAUCCCAGAAAUUUGAGCAUGAAUGCCCAAAAAAAGUGGAGAGGUGUUUAUCGUCCAAAGAAGCAGGAAAAUGCAAAGCAAAUUAAACAUGAGAAACUGCAUGGUAAGAAUGCCAAAGUGACUGAGAACCUAAAGGGAGUUUCUCAUUCGAUGGAUCAAGAGAAUGUUAAUAAACUUAAUUCGGAGCAAGCUAAUCCUGAGACAACUUCGUACCUGAUCAAGUCAAAUCCCGAGAACAAGCCUGCAGAAUCUGAUCAAAAUAAUGUUGUGUUGAAAAGGCCACCUUCAUCGUCUAAGGACAAGAGUAUGAAACACAAUCAAAACAGAAUUUCUAUAGGCCAACCACCUCAUGUGUAUGAGAAGAAGAAGUUGAUAUACAAGCCGAAGGGAAUCCAAUCCAGUGGAUUGCCUUUGUCUUUAUCCUCAUUCCUGGGUAAGAAAAGCUUGAGACCAACUCCAAAUGGAUUGACAAUCACUAAACCAUCUUUAGCUUCCUUGUCAACAUCAGUAUCAUCCAAGUCUUCCCAUAAUGAUACCUUGACCGAACAUGAUAAAGCAGUUGCAGAAAAUAAAAAAAGUAGCUCAAAAAUGAUAUACAAGGCUAGACCUAAAAGGGCAUUGAUGAUUACUUCAAAUAAUAAGAAUUUGCCUGGCAAAAAGUUAAAUUUCCAGAGAGGAAAGAUGAUCGAACUUCCGGUUGAGGAUUGCACUCCAAGGAGACUUACAUUCAAGAAAAGCGAGCUCGUUGACAACAGAAACGAUGAUAACCAGAAAGGCAAAGUUGAGGACUGUACUCCAAGGAGACUCAAGUUCAAGCAAAGGGUAUAUGUUAAUAACAUAAAUGAUGAUAACCAAAACAGUAGAGUCAAGGAGUUUACCCCGAAGAGACUCAAGUUCAGACGAAGAGAAAUUGUUGACAACCAAAAUGGUGAUAACCAAAACGGUAAAGUCAAGGAGUGUACUCCAAUGAGACUGAAAUUUCGGCGAAGAGUAAUUGUUGACAACCAAAAUGGUGAUAACAAAAACAGUAGAAUCGAGGAACUUACUUCAAGGAUACAUGAGUUCAGGCAAAAAUUAAUUGUUGACAACAUAGAUGAUCAUAACCAAAAUGCCAAAGUCGAGGAGUUUAGUCCAAGGAAACUUGAGUCCUGCCAAAGAAAUCUUGACAACAGAAAUUCUGAUGAUCAAAAUAGUAGAGGUGAGGACUCUGCUCCAACGAAACUUGAGUCCUGCCAAAGAACUCUUGACAACAGAAAUUCUGAUGAUCAAAAUAGUAGAGGUGAGGACUCUGCUCCAACGACACUUGAGUCCUGCCAAAGAACUCUUGCCAACAGAAUUUCUGAUGAUCGAAAUAGUAGAGGUGAGGACACUGCUCCAACAAAACUUGAGUCCUGCCGAAGAGCUCUUGACAACAGAAAUUCUGAUGAUCAAAAUAGUAGAGGUGAGGACUCUGCUCCAAGGAAACUUAUCUUCAGGCCAAAAGUGCCAGAGGAACAGAAAAUCGAUUACAUCCAAACUAGUAAAGCUGGCACUAGCAAAAAUGACUCUGGACGAAAAGAAGCCAAUGGCCAGUAUAAUGGUACUAAAAUCCAAUCCAGAAAAUUUUCUCUCAUACAAAGAGAUCUUAAAGAGAAGAAAGUUGCGGGAAUUUCGUACAACAAUAUCAUUGAAGAGACUGCAAGCAAGUUUGCAAGGACCAAGGCAAGUAAGGUGAAGGCUUUGGUCAGCGCUUUCGAAACCGUCAUCUCUCUCGAUACCGGCAUCUCAGAAUCUGAAGACAAAAACUGAGCUAGGGAAGGUAUGAGUUUCAGAUAUGAUUAAUUUGUCUGGCUUGGGGAAGUUCAGUUUUUUCCAAGUAUUUGGAGGGUAUUUUGAGGUUCAUAUCUACAUCCAUGAGCAUUGGACACUGAUGUUGAAUGUAGGUACUUCAAGCAAAAUGAAAGUCGGAGAAACAUAAGCUUGCAUUCUGGAUCUAUGAGCCCAGAUUGUAUUGUUUUGAUAAGAAUUCUGGGAAAUUUUAUGUAUCAUACAAUGAUGAAUUUGUUUGUAAUUAUAAAACAAGUAUUUCACAAUAUUGCCAGGAAAACAAGUUCCAGCAUUCAUGCAAUAGAUGAUCCCCAAUUUAUGGGUUACAUUA